GUGUCAGACAAAUGAAUGAACUCCGACAUAAUUGACAAAAAUGUUUUCAGAUGGAUUUUUAGUGAUAAUUCGUGCGUGAUGUAAAUAUGCUAUGUUAAAGAGGUAGUAAGAAAUCAUCAUAUUCAGUCUUAGAACUAGAGUCUAGUCCCACGAUAACAGCCACUCGGCGGGGACUUCCGCUUAUCUCCAACACUACCUAGGUACAUAUUCCAGCUUCACAUUUUCAUUUCUCCAAGAUAAGGACAAUUAGAUGUUCAUAAAACCCCAUCCUCAAUUUCUAAGGGGUAUUACUAGGUAUAAAUCACUAUUCACCUGGACGGGCUACGGUCAGGAUGAACGAUUCAAAGGGUCUGAGUCUGGCACUUGAAGAGGCUAAGAUUGGAUACCAAGAAGGAGGUGUCCCGAUAGGCGCAGCGUUAAUCGCGGCGGACGGCAAAGUGCUCGGUCGAGGUCAUAAUAUGAGGGUUCAAAAUGGGAAUCCGAUUCUGCACGGUGAGACUUCCUGCCUCCAAAAUGCAGGACGGCUGCCGUCUUCGGCAUACCGUGGAAGUACUAUGUACACGACUCUAUCCCCAUGUGAUAUGUGUACCGGAGCCUGCCUUCUGUACGGCAUCUCCCGCAUCGUAAUCGGUGAGAAUAAGACAUUUCUAGGUGGCGAGGCGUAUCUUAAGAGUCGCGGCGUUGAAGUCGUUGUGCUUGACUCGACCGAGUGUCUGGAGUUAAUGGAGAAAUUUAUAGCGGAGAAACCGCAUAUCUGGAACGAGGAUAUAGGUGUAGAAGAACGGGUUUAUUCCCGGGAGGGCUUUAUGGCGCCGCCACAGGCGUAGGAAAUGAGUGACACGCACGUCAGUGGCGUGACUUGGGCUUACUCUCAGUAAUGGAAGCGAAUUACUCAAGUGUCAUAUGUUUUACUAUCUCAGAUUUCUCGGCGUGAGGUCCGCAGGUGUUAUGUAGAAGCCUCCAGUGGUAACUUUAUUCUAUUACACCCCCAAGGGCCAUGGUAUUAUAAUCGGUUAGACCAAUUUCUUAGUAUCUCUGCUUAGGUAUUUGCAUGGCUUGUU